AUGCCUUCCAUUAACGAGGAUAAUAGACUCGAUGGUGGCUGUUCCCUCCCGUCUCCUUCAUUUAAGGGGAAUCUCAAUCGCUUCAUCUAUGACUCUCCGCCUAAUGGGAGCCUCGUCGUGCAGCAGACGCAAAGUGAAGAAGCGGGGCGCUCUCUGAAGCGAAAAUUCUCCAACAACGAUGUUGUGGAGGUGGAUAUAGCAGUGUCUCGAGAAGUAACGCGAAUCACCCGCUCUGUCUCCCGUGCUGGCAUAGGUCUCCUUACGGCCCCGUUGGGGCUCGGGAAAAGUCGAUCUGAACCGUCCUCCCCAUCCCGUAGGAACCCCAGUCGCCAAACACCAAGGGCCAGUGCCAACUCCAGCAGAGUCUCCCUCACAUCCGCCGCUAAUUUCCGCUCUCCCGCCCGUCCAAUAUGCAACCUCCGUGACACCAUCCCUCACAACCUCGUCCUCCUCUUCAUAGGUGUAAACCCAGGUAUCAUGACAGGGCAAACGGGCCACGUCUAUGCGCAUCCUUCAAACCUCUAUUGGAAACUACUUCAUUCCUCUGGCAUAACCGAUUACCGCCAUCCUCCUUCCGAUACGUACCAACUCCCGGAGCUGUAUAGCGUCGGCAAUACGAACAUUGUUGAGAGACCCACCAGGGAUGCUAGCCAGCUAUCCAGGAAAGAGAUGGAUGACGGUGUGCCGGUGCUCGAGAGGAAAAUCAGAGAGAAGAGGCCAGAGGCUGUUUGUCUUGUUGGCAAGAGUAUUUGGGAGGCGGUAUGGAGGGUUCGCAGGGGAAGGGCGAUCAAGAAAGAGGAGUUCAGGUACGGAUGGCAGGAUGAGGGGGAUAGGAUGGGGAGGACGAAGGAGUGGAAGGGGGCUAGGGUAUUUGUAGCUACGACGACUAGUGGGUUGGCGGCUGGAAUGACGAUGGCGGAGAAGCAGGCUGUGUGGAGUGAGCUGGGCGAGUGGGUAAAGAGGCGGAGGGAGGAGAGGGAGAAGGCUGGUAUUCCCAAGGUUACGGUUGUGAAGGAUGGAUAG